UUUCCUCCACACGUUUGUCUACUUUCGCGCAUAGUUCGUGCUCGAGCUUCGCCACUUCGCAGAAGUCUUUUGUCCUCCGGAAAACUUAGAAUUGUUUCGCGUAAGAAUGCAGCGGGUUCCUGCGAUUAUUUCCCGGAACAUGGCUUUCGUUAGUCAAGUCAGAAUGGUUGGAGAGCGUGGUUCGGGAGCUGGAAAGGGUGGCGGAGGCGGUGGAACCAUCAGAGAUGCUGGCGGAUCGUUUGGAAAAAUGGAAGCGGCGCAUGAGGAUCAGUACUUUUAUAAUCAGCAAAAAGAACAAUUGGAAAAGCUGCGAGAUGGUCUUCACGAUGAGAUCUCCUUCCACGAAGAGCAGAUCAAACGCCAUCAAGAAGCCAUAAAUCGCCAUAAGAACAGAAUCCAAGACAUGCACAAGUGAAAUGCGUCUUAAUUACGAUCUUUGUCAACAGAGUGGAAAUCUCCAAGAAAUCGAGAUGAUGUUACAGUGAUAGUAGAGUGUGUUGCGUUAUAUUUUUUUUAAUAUGAAAUACAUAGAAAUAUAGCAUCCUGCUUCUAAACUUUAUGUGGAUAAUGAUGAAAUUUAAAUUUGCUUAAUCUAUUAUGACUAUAAUAUAGAUGCGAAAAGAAUUUCCAUUUGAUCGUCGGUAUCCAUUACUGUACUUAUAAGAAUAUUAAUAAAGUUUAUAGUACGGUGUCAA